AUCGGAAAGGCUGAGGCUUUUGCGCAUGCGCUGUAAAGCUUCCUGUGCCGCACUGUUCGACUCUAGUUCUUGUUCGGGAACCGUGCGAAACUUGGACUCAAAGGCCAAUUUUCCCCCUGAUUUUGGCGAUUUCAGGGGUGCCGCAGGCCUAGAUCAUCAUGCCAGCUCCAUCCAAGCUUAGGGACUUGAUUCGUACCAUAAGGGCCGCACGCACGGCUGCCGAUGAGCGGGCUGUCAUCUCCAAGGAGUGUGCUGCCAUCAGGGACUCCUUCAGAGAAGAAGAUAAUGAUUUCCGCUGCCGCAGUGUCGCUAAGCUGCUUUACGUCCACAUGCUGGGUUACCCUGCACAUUUUGGUCAGUUGGAAUGCUUGAAGCUUAUCGCGUCACCCAAGUUCACCGACAAGAGGAUUGGCUAUCUUGGUGCAAUGAUGCUGUUGGAUGAGAGGCAAGAUGUCCAUCUGCUGGUCACUAAUUCCAUGAAAAAUGACAUGAACCACAGUAACCAAUUUGUUGUCGGACUUGCAAUGUGUGCUCUUGGAAGUAUUUGUUCACAAGAGAUGAGUCGAGAUCUUGCUGGUGAAAUAGAAAAACUUAUCAAGUCCUCAAAUUCAUAUUUAAGAAAAAAGGCCACUCUUUGUGCUACUAGAAUUAUUAGGAAAGUUCCAGAAUUGAUGGAGAUCUUUGUUCCUUCAACAAGAUCUCUGAUUAGUGAAAGAAAUCAUGGUGUACUGCUCACAGGCAUCACCUUGGUAACAGUUAUGUGUAAACUCAACACUGAAACUCUACAACACUUCAAAAGACAUGUACCUACAUUAGUGAAAACACUUAAAAAUCUUAUAAUGUCGGGCUACUCGCCAGAGCAUGACGUAUCUGGGAUUAGUGACCCCUUCCUGCAGGUCCAGAUUAUUCGGCUGCUGAGAAUACUUGGAAAAGACGAUGAGGAGACUAGUGAACAGAUGAAUGAUGUCUUGGCUCAGGUUGCCACCAACACAGAAACGAGUAAAAAUGUUGGCAAUGCUAUUCUCUACGAGACUGUGCUUACUAUCAUGGAUAUAAAAUCAGAAAGUGGUCUACGGGUCCUAGCCAUCAAUAUCUUGGGCAGGUUUUUGUUGAACAAUGAUAAGAACAUCAGAUAUGUUGCACUAAACACACUAUUACGGACAGUUCAGGCGGAUUACAACGCAGUCCAGCGCCAUCGUAGUACUAUAUUGGACUGCUUGAAGGACCCUGACAUCUCAAUAAGAAGGAGGGCUAUAGAGUUGUCUUUUGCACUUGUGAACUCUAGUAACAUCCGGGGGAUGAUGAAGGAGCUUAUAUCAUUCUUAGACAAAGCAGACGAAGAGUUCAAGUCUUAUGUCACAUCCAAUAUAUUUGAAGUUGCUGACAAAUAUUCACCAAGCAAGAGAUGGCACAUUGAUACAAUGAUGAAAGUCCUUACCACCGCUGGGAACUUUGUGCGAGAUGACACUGUGCCACACCUGAUUCACCUGGUGUCCACCUCCAGCGACCUCCAGGCUUAUGGGGUACAGCAGCUCUUUAAAGCCAUGCAACACGACAUUAGCCAGCAAUCCCUGGUCCAGGUCGGCUCCUGGUGCUGUGGAGAGUAUGGAGAUAAACUCCUAGUGGACAUCGAAGAGGACGAGCCUCUUGGGAUAACCGAGAAUGAUGUCUUGGAUGUUUUGGAGUGUGUGCUGUACAGCAGUCACUCUACCAGCACGACAAGGGACUACGCCCUGACGGCCAUCAUGAAGCUCAGUACGAGGUUCACUACUUCAACAGAGCGUAUCAAGUCGCUGUUGGAGAGGUUUGGCUGUAGUAUGGACAUGGAACUACAACAGAGAGGUGUAGAGUAUAUCACACUAUUCAAGAAAUACGACAACAUGAGACCUGCGCUUCUGGAGAAGAUGCCAGCUGUACAACAGAACAAGAUGAAUGGUGAUGCCAUGUCUAACGGAGAGGUCCUAGCUGCCCCAGAAAUCGAGGAGAAACCAGCAGAAAAAGAACUAAAAAGUGUCCCUCAGAAACAGGAGUCGGACACGUUACUUGACCUUUUGGGCGGCGGCGACAUCAUACCAGUCAACCAAGAGACUACAGCCGUAGUGACUAAGCCCGCGGUAUCUUCUGGAGGAGAAUUGCUUGACUUAUUGGGUGGUCUGGACUUCGGCCCAAGUGGAGUCCCACCCAUGGCGCCUGCAGGACUAGGGCCCAGCCUACUCGACGGCGGGGCUACCCUUGGCCCCAUGCCUGGCGCCACGCCAAUGAUGCAAAUGAACGAUACUACCCCGCCUGCCCCAGUGGCAGCUCCAGGGGGUAUCCCAUCGAUCACUGCGUACGAGAAAGGCGGACUAAAGAUCGUUUUCAGCUUCGAGAAAAUACCGGACAACCCUUCGAAUGUGGUGAAUAUCACUAUGACCGCAUCCAACAACCUCUCUAUCGCCAUGCAAGAGUUUGUCUUCCAAGCCGCUGUACCCAAGACAUUACAACUACAGCUACAGAGUCCGUCUGGCAACGUCCUACCCCCCAACAAUGGCGGCACUGUCACGCAACUGAUUAGAAUAGCCAAUCCGCAACAAAACCCUUUGCGCAUGCGUAUCAAAUUACUAUACACUCUGAAUGGUGCUGCCGUGCAAGAGCAAGGGGAGAUCAACAGCUUCCCACCCGGAGUCUAGCGCAAUUGAUGUGGCUAUCGCUAGGGGCUAUUUUUAAACAAAAUCAUGGUAUAGAAUGUCAAUGAGUCAUGAGACCGGCGUGAAUCUCCUGCUAACAGUCUCAACAUUGUACAACAUUACUGAUUUCCCACUUGCGAGACGCAAGGUAUCUUAGACUGAAGAACACAAACCAGGUAUUCAUUUCAGUAGCUAACCCAAUCCCAUUAUGCCACAGUGAAGGUGAGGCUUGAUAAUACAGUGUGAUCCCAGAAAAGCUCAUAUCUGGAAUCAAUGUAAAAUAUUGCUAGGAUAUAUUUUUCAGAAUGGGGAGAACAUUCAAAGCAAAAAUAGGAAGAAAAAAAACGCAUUUUAACGUCUGGGUAACAUUCUUUACAUGUCUGACAUUGUGGAGGUCAGUGCUACAUUGUGCGACACAGCAACAUGGUGCGCAAACAGUUCUAUCUUGUUUGGCUCAAUACUUUACCUGCCCAGUGUUGGCCUAUUUACAGAGCAGAACCACUUGGGUCAUGGAUCUUAGGGUGUUGGGUUUUGGCAGAGCCUAUUGUUGCAAUAGCAACCCUUCGAAAAAGGGCGUUGCUAAGAUAAUGUUCUAUUAAAGUAUAGCGAAUUAAGACUGGCAUCAGGUGGAUAUUCAGGGUUUGUCAUGCUUAGUCUAUGGUGUAACUAUGCUUAAAAGUAAAAAUCAUAUUUUGGUCUCAUGCAUUGUACAAUUUACCAUUAAAAGCUCACAUUAAAUUUUGCCUAUAUAGCUUCUGGAUAGGUGAUCUACAGGGUUCAAUUUUUGUAUGCUUACCCGCAUUUCGGUGGUAACUUCAGGGGCGUAGCCAGGGGGUGACCCAGGCCCCCCUCUUUAGCAGUCAAAAAUACAGUAAAUGUAUGAGAUAAUCUAUAAUACAGGAAAAAAUGCUUUGAAAGUCACUUUUGGGCCCCCGCCUAUUAAUAAUCCUGGCUAAGCCCCUGCUUGUGUUAGCAGUUGGAAGGAGGGCAUCCCUAACGUGCCAGUUUGAUUAUUUCUUCAUAAUUUGUUAUUUCCGUUCGAUCUCGGGUAGCUAGCGACAAUGUUGACAUCGAGCCCUAUGGCCAGGAACAACGAACGCACUUGUUAAGAUUUUAUAUAGAUAAAAGGCGUAACACCAAGAUUCCGAUGAAACUGUCUUCGAUGUACACAGUUUCAUCUGAAUCCUUUCUUUGUCGUUGGAGUAAGUAGAUCUAGUGAGUUUCUCUGUACGAAAGAAACUAAAACGUGGAAGGAAUAGGGAGCUAUUACAACAGCUCUAUCUUACAAAGUAAUGUCCAAUAAAAACAAAAGAAAAAGAAA